AUGGGUACAGAGGAACUGGAUGCAAGAAUAUGCACUUUACCUCCUGCAUAUGGAUUAAAGCAUUUCAAAAAUGGUUUAUCGCCUCUUUCUCAGAUAUCUGGAGGCGAAAGAAAAGAUAUGGCCAAGAUACUUUUAGGAUGCCUUGUAGGAAAACUCCCCAAGCAGGCAAUUAUCGCAAUUAGAUCACUCUUGGACUUCAUUUACAUUGCUCAGUACCCCACACACAGCGAUACAACCCUUGGAUAUCUAUCAGAUGCUCUCAAAACAUUCCAUCAAAACAAAGCAAUUUUUGUCACUCUGGGUGUUAGAGAAAAUUUCAAUAUUCCUAAAUUUCACUCUCUACUACACUAUGUCGACUUUAUUCGCUGGUUUGGGGCUACAAAUAACUACAACACAGAAAUGUUUGAACAUUUCCACAUAGACAUGGCCAAGGAUGCAUGGAGAGCAUCAAAUCAUAGGAAUGAGUGUCCACAAAUGACUACCUGGCUUACAAGGCAAGAAAAAACUGUGUGGUUUGAAUGCUAUCAAUUUUCUUUACAAAAUAGAUCAGUUCUACGUCAGCAAGAUACUCUCCAGAAUUCGUCUGGCUUAGGUAUUAACAUAGCCAAAGUAUCUCCUCUUCCACAACAACCCCUUCAAUCAAUUCAACAAAACCACCAAUGUCAUGGCUUCAUACGUGAUAUCAAGGAGUUUCUGAAUCGCCUAAUACACGUCAAUAUUGCAAAUGUCCCAUUUGAUUCACUUGACGUAUUCACUAGUUUCAAACUCACUCCAAUUCACCUUGGAGAUAAUGCUAGUGCAAGUACACAUGUUGGAAGAGUUAAAGUAAUCUUCAAGCUUCCUGCCAUUUUUCAUGGUGGUUUUGUUGGUAUACCAAAACAUUGGCCCAAAAUUCCAUUGGCGUACAUUGAAUGGUACACCAAGUUAAAAGGUAGUGCAGAUCCAGCACAUAUGAUGUAUGCGAUUACAAAACCUGCACUUGGAGCUGAUGGUACUCCACCAGCUUCCAUAGUACCAUAG